AUGACAAUUCUAGGUACAGCUUUUGGUACAGUUUUUUAUUUACUUCAAGUCGUUUCUGGAGAAAGUGGCUAUGCACAGAAUGGAGACUUGGAAGAUGCAGAACUGGAUGACUACUCUUUCUCUUGUUAUAGUCAGUUGGAAGUGAAUGGAUCCCAUCACUCACUGACCUGUGCUUUUGACGACCCGGACAUCAAUAGCACCAAUCUAGAAUUGGAAAUAUGUGGGGCCCUUUUGGAGAUAAAUUGCCUGAAUUUUAGUAAGCUUCAAGAGGUCUAUUACAUCAAGACAAAGAAAUUCUUACUGAUUGGCGACAGCGAAAUAUGUGUGAAGCUUGGAGAAAAGAGUAUAACUUGCAAAAGAUUGAACAUAGUCAAGAUAGUUAAACCAGAGGCUCCUUUUAACAUAAGUGUCAUCUAUCGUGAGGGAGCCAAUGACUUUGUGGUGACAUUUAAUACAUCGCACUUGCAAAAGAAGUAUGUAAAGAAUUUAAUGCACGAUGUAGCCUACCGCCAGGAAAAGGAUGAAAACAACUGGAUGCACGUGAAUUUGUCCAGCACAAAGCUGACACUCCUGCAGAGAAAGCUACAAGAUGAUGCAAUGUAUGAGAUUAAAGUGCGAUCCAUCCCUUAUUCCUCCGACUAUUUUGAAGGCUUCUGGAGUGAAUGGAGCCCAAGUUACCACUUCAGAACUCCGGAGACCAAGCGUGCAGAAGACACGGAUCCUGUGUUACUAACCAUCGGUAUUUCUGGUUUCUUCUCUGUGGCUCUCUUGGUCAUCUUGACCUAUGUAUUAUGGAAAAGAAGGAUUAAGUCUAUUGUAUGGCCCAGUCUCCCGGAUCAUAAGAAGACUCUUGAACAACUGUGUAAGAAACCAAGAAAGAAUUUGAAUGUGAGUUUCAAUCCUGAAAGUUUCUUGGACUGUCAGAUUCAUAAGGUGGAUGGCAUUCAAUCUCGAGAUGAAAUGGAAGGCUUUCUGCAAGAAGCUUUUCCUCUACAACCAGAGGAGUCCGAGAAGCAGAGGCUUGGAGGGAGUGUGCAGGGACACAGUUUGUCACCUGAGAAUACAGUCAUCACCCCAGAAACUUUCAGAGAGUCACCCCUAGAGUGCCUGGCUGAGAAUGGCAGUGCAUGUGAUGCCACUAUACUCCCUUCCCCCGUGUCCCCAGAGAGUGGCAAGAAUGGGCCUCAUGUGUACCAGGGCCUACUGCUUAGCCCAGGGACUACGAACAACAUCCUACCCCCUCCAUUUCCUCUCCAGUCAGGAAUCCUGACAUUGAAUUCUGUUGCUCAGGGGCAACCCAUCCUCACCUCCCUGGGACCAAGUCCAGAAGAAGCCUAUGUUACCAUGUCCAGCUUUUACCAAAAUCAGUGAAUUGUGAGACACCAAGACUGAACCUACUAUGACCAACAAAGGUGACUGAGAGAACUCUAGAGCUCCCAUUCUCCCUCCCAGCACAAAGAAGGGAAAAUUGACAAAAUCCCACUUCAUAGUCUACAGGACUCUGAAA